CCUUAGACCGUAUGAAGAUGAGCCACGAAUGCUGACUAUAAACAUACGAAGGCCGUCGUCGUCUUAAGCGGACUAAGUCCAGUCAACGGCACGGUCAUAUUCCAGCAAUCCGGCAAUGAUGGACCGGUUCAUGUAACGGGACGCAUUGUAGGGCUAUAUCCCUCAGCCUUAUGAGGUUUCCACGUCCAGGACGUCCAGCAUUUCUUUUGCCUUCGCCGCCCCAACUGCCCCGUAGCACCUCCGGGAACCUCACAGACAACUGCACAUCAGUGGGAGAACAUUAUAACUCAUUCAACACGCACGGUGGUCCCACCGAUCCCAUAACCAAAAGGCACGUAGGCGAUCUCGGAAAUAUCCAAUCGGAUGGGAGCGGUGUUACGGUGCUGGAUAUUACUGAUGAGAUUAUUUCGCUGAAUGGGCCACUGAGCAUUAUCGGACCUUCCAUGGUCGUUCAUGCGGGGACAGAUGAUCUGGGGAAGGGCGGGACGAACCUGUCGUUGACGACUGGAAAUUCUGGGGGAAGAGUCGCGUGUGGAGUUAUUGGAUUGUCGUAGUGCCGAGCUUGAAUUGGAC